AUGAAGGCUUUAUCAAAGCCAAUAUCAAGUCCAAUCAAGGGAGAGAAGUUUCCACCGCCAUUGAUGAUGAGAUUCCUGAGGAGCAAUGUUGGGAGCAGAAGCAGAGGCAGGCUACGUACAACCCCAAUGUUUUACUUGCGCAGCAAAAAAAAUGGAACAGAAACUACUCAAGAACCAUCAUCUCCUAAAGUCACUUGUAUUGGCCAAGUCCGGGUACGGAGAAUUUCUUCAAGACUCCAUAAACCUCGCCCUGAAGUCUUUAGGUGGUUUUUUCGCAAAUGGGGCUUGUUUUUUUGUACCGGAUACUGCAAGAAAGCUGACACAAAAGAGGAUUCUUUCAGGGUCGAUUUGAAUCAGAAAACCCAAAUGAAUCAAAGCCAUGUUGGAAGUAGUAGAAACUCUAUUGAGAGUGAAAAUCUUGGAGCUCGAGUUCAAGAAAAUAAAGAGGAUUUUCUUGAAGCUUCUUCACCGCCCAAAAAUGCUUUACUAUUGAUCCGGUGUAAAUCAGAACCAGCAAGAACCGGGGAAAGGCUAAAUCCAGAACACAAUUUCUGGAAGCAAAGGGGAUUAGGUAAUAAUUCAUAG